AUGUACAUGUUAAGAGAAGUAAAUCCGUAUGUAGAAGUGUUCCGGAUGGCGAAAGAUAGAAUUGAAGCGAAUGGAGCAGAACCAUUCCACAUGAGGAUUAUAAGGGAUCGUCCUGGAAAGGAUGCUAGGACCUACAAUACUCCCACUGCUUCGGAGGUUGCAGCUUUGAUUCCAGGUGAUUUUCAUUUGGAAAUGCCAGAACGUGACAUCAUUUUAGAAGAGAAACCCACUGGAAAGCUUCAGCGCAUCAGUGAAAUUCAUACAUCUUAUCUAGCAUUGCAAUAUCCUUUGGUGUUUCCAUACGGUGAGGAUGGAUUCAGAAUAAGACAGAGAAGGCUAAACGAAAGCCAGACGCUGCUACUAUCUAAGCGAUUGUUUCAGCAAUUCUUGUGCGAUGCAUUCACCAUGAUUGAAUCCAACAGGCUCUCUUUUAUCAAAUACAACCAGUCCAAGCUCAGAUCAAUGGAUCACGAUUCCCUUAAGGCAAUGUUAAACGAAGGUUCAAAAGAUAUGGGGGAGCAAGGAAACAAAAUUCUUCUUCCAGCUUCUUUUGUCGGUGGACCGAGGUAUAUGCAGCAGCAGUAUUACGAUGCUAUGGCUACGUGCAAGCACUUUGGAUUCCCUGACUUAUUCAUUACCUUCACAUGUAAUCCCAAAUGGCCUCGAGAUCACCAGAUUUCUAAAGAAGAGGAACUUAGUCGUCGAUGA